AUGUCUCAUUCCAGUGAAUUGAUCAGAUUGGUGACUGGAGCUCCCAAAUCAUCAUCUCCAUCCUCUUCAACUUCAACAUCCUCUUCCAGUACAUUAUCAGUAUCAACUCAAGUCUCAGAGGUGGCCCGCGCACUCAUACCAGAGCUCAAGUACUUUAUCCUAAAGACUGGUGAUCAGAGUCUCAUUGAUGACUUGUUGCCAAACCUCAACAUCGAUGAAUUGAAGAGUCCUCAUCGUCUUUAUCACUUGAUAAACGACCUACUCCUUCAAAUCAAUGCAUCAGUGGAGGAGCACGUUACACAUUUUGAGCGAUUGAUCGAUUACAAGGUGAUCAUCAAACGACAAACAAUCACUGACGAACAAGCCAUGGACUCGCUCACCAAGUCGAAAGAGGACAUUAGGAGAAUGGUUGGAUAUGACAACAGCUUGGGCACCUGUGAUGACAAAUACCUUUUGGCAAUGAUCAAGCUCCUACUCUUUAUCAAGCCUCAGAUUGACGUUGAUACGGACAAGCUCAUAAUUCGGAAGUUGAACAAUUACCUGUCAACUGGAGACCUGGCACUAAUACCAUUCUUGGCAUCCAUUGAAUAUGAUGAAACUGUUUCAUUGAUCUUCUGCAUAGUAGAGCAUGGCACACUAGCCCAAGCCAAGUUACUCAUUCAAUAUAUGGCAUCCAAACCAAUUCUUCAAUCAUUGUUCAACAGCCUUGGAACAUACCGUGCUCGAAUGUCAGAGGGGCGACUCUAUGCUGGGUUCAUGACAUCAUACAACAGCUCACUCAAACUGGAAGUGCUCAUGAUGUUCAACGAUCACAAUAUUCAGUUUGACAAAUCAUCGGAUAGUAGACCAUGGUUAUUCGAAGGUUCAAUGGACCUGCUUGAGUUCCUGGUUUCAGACCGCAACAAGAUCGUCAAGUUCACUCCAUUGUUCAUCGAUAUCAAACACUUGGAGUAUGUUCUCGACAAGUCACCAUCAUUGAUCAGUCACACUCAACAACUUCAACUUGCUGUGAUGCUUGGUCAACAUGACAUUGUCCAACUCAUCUAUGGACUCAGGAAAUUUAACAAUCGUGAAUUGUUGUUUGAACUGACAAUGGCUGGCCGUCCAGAUUAUGACAUGUUCCAAUGGCUGAUGGAUCAUCACACUUCCAAAUCAACAACAUACUUUGAGCGGAUUGGUCAGAUUGGUGACACUAGGAUGGCAGACAUGGCCAUCGAGUAUGUUCAACGAUCAUCAUCCAACCAGACCAAAUCAUUGGAAGUGCCUGUCUCCUUAAUGUUUGAACAAGCGAUCAAAUUCAAUCAGACCCAACUGCUCACUCAUUUCUACAAAAACCAUCGAUGUUUGUUCACUACCAACUUUGAGAAAUAUCAUGAAUUGGCCAUUCUCAAAGGCAACUUGGAGCAACUGGCAAUCUUACUUGGAAUGGUACCUCUAGAGAUCUCCUUCUUCGUAUUCAAUAAGGCAGUUUGCUAUAAUGGUGCAUAUCAUAGCAGUUUCUACAAGACUAUAAAGAAAGUGAUCUUUGAUCAUAAAGAUGGCCGGCCAAUAUUGGAUUGCGUACUCAAGCAUGCGAGUGACACAGUCAGAACCGGAAUCAAGUCAGUAGUACUACCAUUGUACACAAUUGAUUUGAUCAAGAAGAAUGAUAUUGUAAUGUUACAACAUCUCUUGGACAUUGGAGCAACGUUCCAACUUAAAGGUGUGACGACAUGUUCAGCCUACAAGUCCAGUGCACCCAUUCAAUCAAUAAUCAAACAAUACAAGGAACGACAAGCAAUGAACAACAAUAAGAAGAGAGGUAGAGAUAGUGUCGAAGACAAUCAAGAGACUUCAGUCCAACAACAAGUCAAUGACACAACUGAUCCUGAGGAUGAUCAACAACCUUCAAAGAUAAAUAAGACCAAAUAA